CGUUGCCCUCAGCACGUGACAGUUGCCCGUGUCUUGAAGCAGCAUACGGCCAUGGGAGACGGCGUAGGGUAGUAGGGAUUAGCGACUGCUCUCCACCGCCAUGGCAGCAGCUGGUUCUCCUCCUCUCGUCGGCGCAUCCCCGCUCCUUUCCCUCCUCCCACCACCCAGAAAACGGUCCGCGAUGCCCCGAGCCGCCGUCUCUGCCUCCGCCUCCGCGAGAGCCAAGGCCUGCUCGUACCAGCUGAGGGAAGGGCAAUUUCGCCGUUUCCACCGCCUGCCCUCUGGUCUGGCCAUAGAGGUCAUCUUCCAGGAGGCUCAGGCCGCGGCUGCGGCAGAAGAAGGUCUCCGGAAUCCGCCGCUGGUUUUCAUCCAUGGGAGCUUCCACGCGGCCUGGUGCUGGGUCGAGCAUUGGCUGCCUUUCUUUUCCGACUCCGGUUACGACUGCUACGCCCUCAGUCUCUUGGGUCAGGGUGAAAGUGAUGUUCCAUCAGGGGCGGCAGCUGGUACUCUUAAGACACAUACAAGUGACGUAGCUGAUUUUAUCCGAAAAGAAGUCAGAUCACCACCUGUUUUAAUUGGCCAUUCGUUUGGUGGCCUCAUUGUUCAGUCUUAUAUUUCAAACAUGACAUAUAGCUACUCCUCCGAACAACCAUCUCUUUCUGAGAAUCUCGUUGCACAUCCACUGCUUGCAGGAGCUGUACUUGUAUGUUCUGUGCCUCCUACAGGCAACAGUGGUCUUGUCUGGCGAUAUCUUUUAACCAAGCCAAUUGCUGCUAUCAAGGUGACACUCAGCUUGGCUGCCAAAGCUUUUGCAAAUUCAUUGCCACUGUGCAAAGAAACAUUUUUCUCAUCGACAAUGGAGGAUCACCUUGUCUUAAAGUAUCAGGAGCUUAUGAAAGCUAGCUCAAAGCUGCCACUAUUUGACCUGAGGAAGCUUAAUGCAUCAUUACCUGUAUCUCCACCAGCAAAAGGCACAGUGAAGCUCCUUAUAAUGGGUGCAAGUGAUGACUUUAUAGUCGACACAGAAGGGCUCCAGGAGACGGCUAGGUUUUAUGGUGUACAAGCAGUUUGCGUGGAAGGGGUCGCCCAUGAUAUGAUGCUAGACUCUAGGUGGGAGAAAGGUGCACAAACGUUUCUAUCAUGGUUGCAGGAAUUGCAAAGAGAUCAGAUUUCUUGAUUCUUUUGAUGAAUCUUCAGAAGCUUCUUCAUCUCAGUGCACUGAGAGAAUCUUCUAAAAAAAUGCAACUAUUGGAAGUUUUGCCUCAAUGUACCUCUUAAAAUGUGCUCAACCCCCUCAGCCAAACUAUUAUUGUUCUUUUGUUGUUUCAUGUCUGGUUAUGACAGUUGAAAAUUUCCAUGACUAGUAUACUUUCAAACCUCGAGCUGCAA